GUGAGCAGGUGCCAGGUGAAGGUGUGAGCAGGUGUCACGGUGGACACAGAGGUUGUAGACUGAAAGAGCAGAGAAGACCAGUGAGGUCAUGUGACCAGCAGCCAUUGCUAGCAUGGAUGAUGACUUUGCGGAGGGCGACGUGUGAUGCUAAGCUAACAGCGUACCUGGCGUGAUGUCGCACAGUCGAACGUUUCUGGGGCAGGAAGUGGUCAGUCUCUCUUCCUGAGCCCAGGUGGACGGCGACCACGGCCUCCCUGAUGAAAGCCAAAGAAGAAACAUGGCCACUGGCGAGGAGUGAGGGGGCGGGUCUUACCUCCUCCAGUCGGUGUCGUACGGCCACCUGCCAACCAGCUCCAAGCACUGCACUCUACCACUUCCUGUCACUCACCAAACACAGCUGCUGGCGCUCCAGGUCAAAGGUCAGCCCGUUGGGAAGACCCAGGUGGUCUCGGACCAGCAACGUCCUAUGCAGUACUGGUCCCAGUCUGUCCUCAACAGCUGCCUGCACGCACACACUUCACUUUACUUGACUCAGGAUUACUGUACUUAACUCAGGAUUACUGUACUUGACUCAGGAUUACUUUACUUCACUCAGGAUUACUGUACUUGACUCGGGAUUACUGUACUUGACUCAGGAUUACUGUACUUGACUCAGGAUUACUUUACUUCACUCAGGAUUACUGUACUUGACUCGGGAUUACUGUACUUGACUCAGGAUUACUGUACUUGACUCAGGAUUACUUUACUUCACUCAGGAUUACUGUACUUGACUCAGGAUUACUUUACUUCACUCAGGAUUACUGUACUUGACUCAGGAUUACUUUACUUCACUCAGGAUUACUUUACUUCACUCAGGAUUACUGUACUUGACUCAGGAUUACUUUACUUCACUCAGGAUUACUGUACUUGACUCAGGAUUACUGUACUUGACUCAGGAUUACUUUACUUCACUCAGGGUUACUUUACUUGACUCAGGAUUACUGUACUUGUAUAUAUGUAUAAAAAGUGUGUGUGCCUUAUAGAAAAGUGCACAAGGUGAACAAGAGAAGGUGAAGUGAUGCAUGACGGUUACCAUGGUAACGAGACCUUAUGUCACUUCAAGGCCAGGUGUUGAAUGACCUUCGCAGUGACCUUCCACAGACACGUGGCAGGAAGGCACAUCCCGGUCACCAUGGCGACCAUGACAGCAACACGCUUGGCACGUCUGCGGCGGGGUCACCUGCGCAGAGGCGUGGUCACGUGACUGCAAUUAGCGCCGUCAGUGGGAGGCUUGUUGUCAUGGCGACGAGCGGCUCAGCUGACUCAAACAUUGAAGAGCGUCGGGUACACCUGCGAGUGUGUGUGUGUGUGUGUGUGUGUGUGUGUGUGUGUGUGUGUGUGUGUGUGUGUGUGUGUGUGUGUGCUCCACCAGGACAUGACCCUGCACCUGUUGUAGUGCCUUUGAGCAGCAGCAGGAUGACGUCCAACACCCAAGUGAACACCAUGGAACACCUGCCUAGUGGUCUGAGGGUCUGCUGCACCAUCCCUGACAUCUUCUACCUGCCUGAACUGGUGUUUGGUGGUCUGGUGUGGGUUCUGGUGGCAUGUACACGGGUUGUCCCAGAGAACCCCCAAGGCUGGGUGAUGAUGGUUUCUGUCUUCUGCUUCGUCUUCACCUUCCUGUGGAUGAUGAUGUUUACAUGUGGAUGUCAUUCCAACAAGAGCAGCUGGGCGGCAGCAGACUUUGUGUAUCAUUUUAUCGCCACCGUCUUCUACCUGAGCGCCUCUGUGGCCUUGGCCAAGGUCACGCUGGACAUGAGGGACAAUGGCCGCCUGCAGGACUACCAGCUGGACAUCUCAGCCGUGGUCUUCUCAUACGCCACAACGCUGCUCUACUUCGUGCACACCAUCUUGUCAGCCGUCAGAUGGAAGUCCUUCUAGAAUCUUCCUACCUGGGGGGGAUUAUCAAGGGUGUCCUAACUUUUUACACUGAGAAAAAUGAAAACAUGCGGGAACCAUUUUGAUAUUUUUCAUUUACAAAAUAAACACCAUCCAUCCAUC